GAAAUCUUUCCCUUAACAAAUCAACAGCACAAAGCAGCAAUUAUAGUGUAAACGAAACUUCUCCAUUUGUACACACAUCUGGGAAUGCUGUGGAUGGCAAAACGAGUCAACAGUUGGACCAGAAGUCAUGUGUACAUCAGGCUGAGGGACAAACACAAGUAUGGUGGAGAGUAGACCUACAGAACAAAGUCGUCAUAGAAAACGUGGAUAUAUAUUAUAGAGAAGAACGUAGUUGGACUGGAUGGAAAGGUCGAUUUGCCGGAUACGAGGUGUAUCUUUCAAACACAACCGUGAGACAUCGUGAAGAUCGCUGUUUCAUCGAUGAAUCACAGAGUGUUGACGAAAUCCAAAGUUAUGUCAACCACCGUGAAUGUAAUGGUACAGCACAGUACGUAACGAUAUACAACCACAGGGAAUCAUCUAAACGACAAUCGUGGUAUAGUGAUGACGCCCUUCUGGAACUGUGUGAAGUAAAGGUGUAUGGAUGUGAAGUAGGGAAAUAUGGAUCUGGAAACUGUGACCAAACCUGUUCUUAUUGUCGGGGCGGCCUGUGUAACCCCAGUUCUGGACGCUGUCUAGACUGUCAAGACGGUUAUUACGGAUCCCAAUGCAUGUCUCGAUGUCCAGUUAAGUGUGGAAGUAAUGUAUGUGAGAAGGAUAAUGGAGACU